ACAAACAGAGACACCUGUACACACACACAGACAUGUACAUACACACACACACACACACACACACAGAAACAUGUACACACACACAGCGACACAUGCACACACACAUACAGACACAUGUAUACACACACACAGGCACGUACAGACAGACACAUGUACAUACACGCAAACACAUGUACAUGCAUACACAGACACAAACAAACACACACACACAUGUACACACACACACACACAUACACACAUACCCUAUAAAAAGUUGCAGUACUUCGUUGUUCACUCACAGAGCUGGGUACUGCACUCUAGGGGGAGGCAGAGAGCACAGCACACACUCCUUCCUUUGCUUUCACUGAGCUCAGCUAUUGAGCAGUCUGACGGCUCCCAGUGACAAUGACAGAUCCGGCCUGAGCUCCGAGCCUGCUCAGCAAGAUGGCCCUGGGGGACACACUCGCCCCCACCAUAAUUUCCACUCGCCAUUGGCGAGCAGGCGAGUGGAAAUUUCAAGGCCUGCUAA